UAUUAUGUCGUGUACAUGUAAACCCCGUGAUAUAUUCUUUAUUUCGUUUUCGACGUAAAUUCUGAAUUUCGUUACGAACGGUAACCUAGUGUUGAGUUUGUCAAAGAAAAAAAAAAACCAAUUCGUGUAGAGUUUGCCAAGAAAAGUCAACAACGUGGCAAAAUAAGCAAUUUACACUAUAGUUAAUUGCACUCGGAUUUAAUUGGUUUGUUCUUGGACUUUUUGUUUUUGUUUUUUUGGGUAGAAGAACCAGCGAAAAUGAAAGUAUAAUUAGACCGAUUAUCUACGUGUGGCUGUAGAGUGAGAAAAGCAAAGACCACUAACAGUUGAGAGAAGGAACGUGUGGUUGUAUGGGCUGCUCUGUCUCGAAGAAGAAGAAGAAGAAUGCAAUGCGCCCGCCGGGAUAUGAGGAUCCCGACCUUCUUGCCUCCGUUACACCAUUUAUGGUAGCAGAAGUGGAAGCUUUGUAUGAACUGUUCAAGAAGCUAAGCAGCUCAAUUAUCGAUGACGGUCUUAUUCAUAAGGAAGAGUUUCAGCUGGCUUUGUUCAGAAAUAGGAACCGGAGGAAUCUCUUCGCUGAUCGGAUAUAUGAUGUAUUUGAUGUGAAGCGAAAUGGAGUGAUCAAGUUCGGGGAAUUUGUCCGGUCUUUCGGUGUUUUUCAUCCAAGCGCACCGGUCCAUGACAAAAUCAAAUUUGCUUUUAAAUUAUACGAUUUACGACAAACUGGAUUCAUCGAGCGAGAAGAAUUGAAAGAGAUGGUUAUUGCGCUACUUCAUGAAUCUGAACUAGUUGUUUCCGAAGAUAUGAUCGAAGUAAUGGUAGAUAAGGCUUUUGUUCAAGCAGACAGUAAAAACGACGGAAGAAUUGAUAUAGAUGAAUGGACAGAUUUUGUAUCCUUGAAUCCGUCGCUCAUCAAGAACAUGACUUUGCCAUAUCUAAAGGACAUAAAGGGAACUUUUCCAAGUUUUGUUUCAUCUUGUGAAGACGAAGACUUGGAGUUGCAAAAGCUAUAUUUCUAAGAUAAUCCAUGCAAGGAAGAUAAAAGGCCAUCCUUGUCUCCUUCGUCACUGUUUUUUCAUUUUACAUUUCACAUUUUUGUACAAAAUCUUAGAUAAGAUGAUAGAUAUAUAUAAGUUAGAAUUUGAAAAUGGCUGUUUAGGCAGGUCUUGGUAAGGAUCUUGGACUUGCCUUGUGUAUAUGCAUACUAUGCUAGAUUUAGUACUACCGACUACGU